AUGUCUGGCUACUAUGUUGGACCAUUCGGUCGUAUGUUACCCAUCGCAGGUAGUUCGUCGUCGGAACAGCCCCCGGAGUGUCGCGCUAAUCAAUCAGAACCCGGGGAUAACCCAUACCAGCUUCCUCCUCCGCGAACUCCAGCAAACUUGCAGUUUGGAUCAGACCCGUUUCUGCGACAGCGACAGUCAAGCGAUAAAUCAGAUUCAGCUAGGGGACCAGCAUCAGGAGAGCCCGCCUCUCAGCGCCAAAGGACCGAACAGCUUCCAUCUGUGAGGUCGCUAUUGACGCCCGCCUCUGGCCCAAGUUCACCACCACCAUACCACUCACAAACCUAUGGGACUCCCACACCACUUGAACAUCGCGAGCUAUCAUAUCCCUUUCGCCAUCAUGACUCGGCACUCCCUCCACCUCCAAUUGGCGGGCAGGAUAGACGUCGCUCAGAGUCUCUUCCUCAUUCACAAUCUGCCAACCUCCCACCACUAUCGCACGUGGCCAUGACCAGCCCCAGAGACAUGAGUCAUCAUCACGCAGCAACACGAAGCGAUCCUUCAACUGCAACCAUGUCACAUGCCCAAUUACCCCAUCACGGUGCUUCAUAUCAUGAACCAGCUGCUGUAGGUGAAAUGUCGUCGCCUGAGAGUGUAACCCGGCCAAAUCCGCCUGCACUGCUUCCACACGUGGUUGAUGAGCGAUAUAUCGAUGGCGAGCUGUGCUUCGUUUACGCCGACGGAUCUCAUCAGCCAAAGAUCGUCGAUGGGAAGCCCGUCAAUCCCAAUUGGGGGGUGACAAAGGCCGGAAAGCCACGAAAGCGACUGGCACAAGCGUGUUUGACUUGCCGCGAAAAGAAGAUCAAGUGUCAACCGAACCGUCCCAAAUGCGACCAGUGCCAAAAGUCUGGGCGAGAAUGCAGGUUUGAGAAUGCGCUCCGUGGGAACCGCUCAAGAGGCUCGCACUCGGUCGGGCCACCUGGAAAUGCAAAUUCGGACGUCUCAGGCUCGAUCUAUAACAUCGCUCGUGCUUCUGACAGCGGGGCAUCGCUUCCAGGAAGUGGUCACUCGCCAAUGUCAGAAGGUCCACCCUCUGGCAUGGAGAGUACCCACGACCCCAUGGUAGAUGUGGAACGGGUAUACCGACAGCGAGCUUACCGGAUUCCUCGUCCAUUUGCAGAUGAGAGCCUAGUACGACAGGUUGAUUAUGCCGAGUCUAACCGAAUGCCUGAGUAUUCGGAAAUUCUAGGUGAACUUAGAGAUGCCAACCCCGAGGAUCCCCUGGCGGGUUCUUGGAACGUCGACCCAUUUGAUCACGACCCAGAAAUGACUUUGCACUAUGUUGAAACCUAUUUCUCUAACGUCAAUGACGGAUUAUAUCACAUCUUCCCCCAUGCUCGGUUCAUUUUGUGGCUGAAGUCAUGCGACACGAAGUCCCCUGAGGACAAAAUGAUGCUUUACUCGAUGAUGGCGUUAGGGUCUAUCUUCUCAGAUCGACCAGACAGAUUUACUGCAUUGAGACGUUACUCUCGUAUUGCCCGCUUUGCCAUUCAAAGGAGCCAGCAUAAUCUGUCACUUCAGCUUGCUCAGAGUCAUCUCAUGAUGAGUCUGUUGUACUACGCUGCUGGCUCGUUGGUUGGAUCUUGGGAUUCUAUUGGGGCUGCCGGACGGGCUGUUAGUGGACUGCGGUUCAAUAUUGAAUCUGGAGGUGUGAUUGUGAGCCAGAACCAGCCGUGCGAGUAUGGGUUACACCCACAGGCGCUUAUUGAGUGCCGUCGCCGGACGUUCUGGGUCGCUUUCAUCUUGGAUCGAAUUUCCUCUUUCUUCUCUGCGACGUCAACGUGCAUCCCCUCAGAUUCGGCCUUGAUUCGACUCCCAUGCCGAGAAGAUAUCUACGAAGCUCAACAAUAUGCGACGGCACCAUACUUCCAGACCAUCCUCAACCAAGCUUCCAUGUCUACCGACGAUGACCGGUCGUCACUCAGCCCAAUGGCCUUUGUGAUUCAGAUUCUUUCUAUCUGGGGCGAGGUCUCCUUCCAGGCUUUCCGCCUGUCACACACACCAUCUGAGGGCUGGGCACAACUCGCCGAAGAAUUUCACACCAACAUCAUUCGGCGGACAGACGACUGGAUCAACCGACUACCUGGACACCUCGCCUUCUCUGUUGCCAACAUGGAGCGUGCCAGCCAGGUAAAGAAGGUUGAUGCCUUUGUUGCGAUCCACAUGUUCUACCACGCUACAUUGAUGAAGCUGUACAGACAUGCGCGGUAUCAAUCUCUGCGGUCCGAGGUGCUGAUCCAGUAUAUCCAUCGCGCCCGAUAUCACGCCGUUGAAACGCUUAGAAUCGCACUUUCUGUUGUUCAGUACGCGCAUGACGUGCAAGCUUCCCGAACGGCAACUGAUACCUCCUCGCCUAACGUGACGCUCCUCAGUCCUUUCCUGGGAUAUGUAGUCUUAUCUGCUGUGGACGUACUCAGUGCUGGAGGCAUGGUCGCCGAAUUGCCAGACUGCAUUUCAUUCAUCAAUGGUGCAUAUGGCAUGGUCCAGCUGCUCGGCCGCCACUGGGAUAGCUCCAUCAAUUUGGCGAAUCUCAUCAAGAAACGCCUCGACUCGAUGAUCGACUGCGCAAAUGACCGAUCUAGGACUCAGGACAAGAUCUGCUUUGCAGUUGACGGUCCUUCGCUCGAGACGAAGGUGCCCGCUGGCACUCCCCCUCAGCCACCGGGUACACUCGACGAAGACCUUUUCUAUGGCUCUCUGCCGCGAGAUAUCCUCUUGAGAGCUAUGAGAGCCGACGACACUCCGUUGUCGGAUAAGAAUAUUGCAUGGCUGAAAGAUCACUGA